AGCCAUUUUGGCUCAAGGCCAGCCUCGGGCGCGCGCGCGGGCGGGCUCGGGCAGACGGCGCGGGCGGGAUCGUCGCGCGGCGGUUCCUGGUGUUCGGAGCAGCGGCGCUCGCGCGCCGAGCGGACCGCUGCACGUCGGCGCGCGCAGGAUGCAUGCGACCGCGGGCUGGAGGCGGCGCGUGCGGAGGCGGAGGCCCUGAGGGCGGAGCUCGGCGAGUAGCACUCGCGGCUCGACGCGCUCGGUCGGGCCCUGGGCGACGGGGCGGUGGCCCGGCGGCUCGCCGCAGUCGCCCCGGCCCUUGCUGCCCUGCUGGAGGGGUUCAUGCCGACGGUGAGCGACAAGUUACGGCGCGAUGUCGCGCUUCAUUCGGCCGCCGAAGGGCUGGACGUCGUGAGCGCCAGCGCGCGCCAGCUGCGCGCCGCGCGCCGAGGGCCUCGGCUGGGCGGGCCUGGGCGAGCUGUGCCGCAGGAGGGCAAGGCGAUCGAGGUCGAGAUGUGCGUCGCCGCGCCUGUGGCACGCCUUCCGCCAGUGCUGGCGGCGGAGGCCCCUCGGCCUGAGCGCGGGCCAGUGCAGUUGCGGGCUGAGGCGGCUCCUUUCUGGCCGCGACGGCCUCCGGGCUGCUGGACCAUGCUGGGGCCCGCCCGCGUCGACGUUCUCCUCGCGGCCCUCGGUGUUGAGCCGGCUGUCGAGGUCGCGGACGGCACCGCGUGGCAGGUGACGGACGGCAGCGACCUACCAGCAGGCUCAGGGCACAAGCUGGAGGAAAUGGCCGAGUGCAUGCGCAAGUACGGCGCGGCCCUGAGCGAGGCGGAGCGCGGGGGCCUGCGCGAACACGCAGGCGGCGCCAAGUGUCUGGUGACGGGAGGCCGCGGUUUGCUAGCAGCCUCCGUGGGCAAUGCUGAGGCGGACCUCGAGGAGGAGGAGUUCGUCUCGGAUGGCAGCGAGUGCAGUUCGGCCCUGGGAGAGGAUGCCGACGUCGAGGCGAAGCUCGUGGCGGACGGUGUCGUGAGCGUCUCCGAGGAGGUCGGCGACGGGAUCGAGGGGGCGACCCUCGAUGGCGUUGACGGCGGCGUCGACGAGAAGGGCAAGCCCGCGGUCGAGCUGGAGGCGCUCGCGGGGCGGCUGGGCGCGCUGGUGGAGGGCGCCGAGCCCGCGGUCGAGCUGAAGGGCGACCUGGCGGCGCUGUCCGCGCGGCAGGGCGCGCUCGAGGAGAGCGCCGAGGCCAAGUGCGAGCUGGCGGCGCUCUCGCAGCGGCCGUGCGCGCUGGCGGCGACCUCGGAGCAGCUGGUCUCGCAGAAGGGCGGCCUGGCGGCGCUGUCCGAGCAGCAGGGCACGCUGGCGGAGGGCGCCGAGCCCACGGGCGAGCGGGAGGUGCUCUCGAGGCCGCUGAACGCGCUGGAGGCUCUGUGCGAGCAGAGGGGGGCGAAGAUGGCCUCCCGCCGCGCGUUCAGCGAGAGCUUGUUCUUCUUCCUGGACGAUUUCGCCGUGACGGCGAUGAUGCGCGCGGCCAUUGGGCCCAAGUCGGGAGUUGAGUCUCUCCUGAGCUCGGCCGAGGCCCGCUUCAUCGACGUCAGGCCCGGUAGUGCAGGCUGGCCAGAUGGCGAGGAGCGUGAGCGUAUCCUCGAGAGCCGCUUGCAGGUCGUCCAGAUGCCGAGGGGCGUGAGGGGCCCCCUCGAUGAAUGAGGCAAGCAGUUGCAUUCCGUGUGUAGCGCCGUUUGGCCUGUGAGUGAAGACUCCUGUGUUCAGUCGCAGUCGGGUUCACGGUGAGCGGUGGCCCAAGGCGGCCCCGCUGGCAGGGCGAGAGGCGGCCCAAGGUUGCCCCUCUCGGGUGGGUGGCCCUGCGGGGCCCCCGCGAGAGGCGGCCCUAGGCGGCCCCUCUCGGGUGUGCGUGUCCUUUUUCUUGGCCUUUUGGCCCCGCCAUUCCGCCUUGAAGGCCCCGUCUUUAACUUCAACUUUCACACGCAGGAUCACGAGGAGCACGGCUGAACACACA